AUGGCUGCGCCGACUCUCUCAUCUCUCUUUCUAACGCCACAGCUGGCUUCCGCCGCUGCCUCCUUCCCCUGGAGCUCCCUCAUGCCCUCUCCAAACCUGGAUUACUCGGAAUGCUACAACGGGUUUCAAUGUGCACGCCUUUUGCUUCCAAUGGACUGGAAUAACUCACAAGGAGCCAACGUUUCGAUUGCCAUCAUCAAGCUGCCUGCUGUGGUUCCGGAAGACGAUCCAACCUUUGGCGGUGCUAUAUUUAGCAAUCCAGGCGGGCCGGGAGGCUCUGGUACGGAGUUUCUGCUCGAAGCUGGCAGAUUUCUUCAAAAGGUUAUCGAUAUUCCGGGGAGCAAACAUUACGAAUACAUCUCUUUUGAUCCACGAGGCGUCGGGCGGAGUGAACCGUCUGUCGAUUGCUAUCCGGGCAACGACCUUGCUCGUCAUGCCACGAACCUGGAAGAAAUAGCCAGCGGCGGGUUCGCCUUGAACCCUGCCUCUCUGGUAUAUGCACACUACAAGUCCAAGGCAUACGGUCGACGCUGCCUGCGGGAAAACACUCUCCAUUUGCCGUUUAUAAGUACGACGAGCGUGGCAAGAGAUAUGUUGGCCAUGGUCGACGAGGUCGCCCAGCUGCGUCAGCAGCAAGUGGGAGAGAACAAUCAGAAGGAACUUCCGAGACUACAAUAUUAUGGCAUUUCUUACGGCACUAUCCUUGGCAAUUACUUUGCCUCGAUGUUCCCGGAACGUGUCGGUCGUAUCCUGUUGGAUUCUGUUGCUGAUGCCGACGACUAUUCAAACGGCCCUGGUUGGUUGACCAACACUCAAGAUGCUGACGAAAUGAUCAACAUCUUCUUCAAAAGUUGCUUCAAGGCCGGCCCCCAGGUUUGCCCGUUGUGCCGGCGAGGCGACAAAGGGGAAAACCACAUUCGCCGACGCACCUUGUCUUGGAUUAAGGCCCGUGAUGAAGACCCCAUUAUUGCUGUCAGAUCUGGCGACUCUACUGACGUCUUGAUACGAUCCAAAGAUAUUCGCACGCUUCUCCUCUUUCUUCUGCGUGUCGCCCAUAGCUCAUUCCCCGUGGCCGCUAGGCUUUUGGACACAGCCAUGCAGGGUAAUCCCAGGCCUCUAGUAGAUGCCCUCGUUACAGCAUACGAUCUAUCAGAUCUGAGGAAAGAAUGCUCCAUCGCCAACGGUACCACGGUCACACCAAGUUUAGAUGCCUACCACGCCGUGAUGUGUGCCGACGGCGACGACGUCACACUUAAGGACUCUACUUUCUGGAAAGACUACAUGAAACUCCAAAUGUCUAUUUCACCUUUGUUUGGCGAGUUCUGGGCCGAAGCCCGCCUUGGCUGCGCUGGUUGGGCAGCACGCCCUAAAUGGUCCUACAAAGGACCUUUCCGAACACCAACUGCUUCCAAAGACCCUUCAGCACCAGAGCCCGAUCGUCCAGCUGCGCCACUCUUGUUUCUCUCCAACGAGUGGGAUCCAGUGACCCCUCUACGUAACGCACGCUCCAUGGCGAGUCAGCAUCCUGGGGCCGGCGUUGUAGUAGCAAGAUCCAUGGGACACACGGCGUUUGACGUUGGCAACCAAUGUCUCAAGAACGCCAUAUCAGUUUAUUUUAAGAAAGGUGUGGUUCCAAAGGAGGAAGUCUAUUGCAAUAGCACCAAGGAUCUUUGGUCGAAUACCGUUGCAGAUGAUCGGCAGCUGCAAAAAUGGAUGCAAACGAGAACCAGAUAG